AUGAGCCCCGCUACUGAGGAGCCCGUCUGGAGGAAAGUUCCGUCUGUCAGCGGGGUGAUCCCCCGGUCCAGACACGGCCACCGAGCUGUAUCUAUUCGGGAACUCAUCGUCGUUUUCGGCGGAGGAAACGAAGGGAUAGCGGAGGACCUCCAUGUGUACAACACUGUAUCCAAACAGUGGUUCCUUCCUGCAGUGAGAGGUGACAUACCUCCUGGCUGCGCUGCACAUGGUUUUGUUUGUGAUGGGGCGAGAAUUCUUGUAUUUGGUGGAAUGGUGGAAUUUGGAAAAUAUUCUAACAGUCUUUAUGAAUUACAGGCAAGUCGCUGGCUCUGGAAGAAGCUGAAGCCUCGAGCCCCAAAGACAGGCUUUCCCCCCUGUGCUAGAAUUGGUCACAGUUUUACUUUGGCAGGAAACAAAUGCUAUCUUUUUGGAGGAUUAGCAAAUGACAGUGAGGACCCCAAUGGAAACAUUCCACGUUAUUUAGGAGACUUGUUUGAGUUGGAGUUACAAUCCAUAUCGGGAGCAAGAGGCUGGAGCAUUCCAGAGACCACAGGAGGAGGACCUUCAGCCAGAGAGUCCCAUACAGCAGUGAUCUACACUGGGCAGAGCUCCUCAAAACUCUAUGUGUUUGGAGGCAUGCAAGGCUCGCGCUUAAACGACCUCUGGCAGCUGGACUUAGAUACAAUGGUUUGGUCAAGCCCUGAAACAAGAGGCUGCAAACCUUUUCCCAGAAGCCUACACACAGCAAAUGUCAUUGGAAAUAAAAUGUAUGUGUUUGGAGGUUGGAGGCCAAUACCUGAGACUGCAAGAGAUAAAGUCAUUGGAACUGAAUGGAUUUGCUCAAAUUCUUUGAGCAUCUUGAACUUGGACACAAUGAGUUGGCAAAAUCUGGAUCCUGAGCCUGUGGAGCCUGAGGAUGUUCAGUGUCAGCUGGAGAGUAAGGGCCCUCAGGUGGAAGACCCUUAUUCCCUCCAGCCCAGGGCGCGGGCGGGACACUGUGCUGUUGCUGUGGGCUCCAGACUCUAUGUUUGGAGCGGACGAGAUGGCUACAGGAAGAGCUGGAGCUAUCAGGUCUGCUGCAAGGACCUAUGGUAUCUUGAGACUGAACUUCCUUCCACUCCAGAGCCCGUGUUGCUCAUCAAAUCCACAGUGAACAUGCUGCAUGUGGCGUGGCGCCCCCUAGCUGCAGCAGACUGUUACCUCCUCCAGAUUCAGCCAGCAAGUUCUACCACUGAUCAAAAUCAAGAAUCAAAUAAACAGCUAAAUGAAGAAAGGAGGUUGGGGGAUGUGGCCGGCAACACCACUCAGACUCAACAAGAAGAAACUACAAAUGACAGACAGCUCCCACUCAUUAAAGAAAAUGAAGAGAAAACUGCAGAGAGCUCAAAUCCCAAACACGACGAACAGGAAACUUCUACAGGAGGCAUCUCUUCUCAAUUCAAAGCCGAACAAAACCAACAAUGCGCACAGGGCUCAGACACUGGCCUGUGGUUUGAUGUUGGUGUCUUUAAAACACUUUUCUCUGAGGUGAAUCACUUUUAUCUCCCGUCUGACAAUGACCAGACCACAGCAGCUGCCACCAAUCGAACCAUAAGCAUUAAAGAGAAGAGAGUCCUGGGACCUCAUGACUACCAGGGGUGCAACAGGGAGGAGCUGUCCCCAGGGCAGACCUACAGGUUCAGAGUGGCUGGGCUCAAUUACUAUGGAGCUGGAGCCUUCAGUCCUGUCAGUGAGUUCAAGACCUGCCAGCCGGGGUUUCCUGGAGCUCCUUCCGCAGUCAAAAUCACUAAGCUUAAUGACACUGUGCACAUUGCCUGGGACGCUCCCUCCUCUCCAUCAGGAAAGAUCAUGGAAUACUCCAUGUAUCUGGCAGUGAAGAAGAGCCGGUCUGCCUGCUCUGAACGCCCGGGACAGAUGGGCUUUAUCCGCAUCUACAGAGGCACAAAGACGUCCUGCUCCGUCAGUUCGUCCCAUUUAGAGAAUGCCCACAUCGACUCCUCCCAGACCAACCGCCCUGCUGUGGUCUUCAGGAUCGCUGCCAAGAACGACCAGGGCUACGGUCCAGCCACGCAGAUACGCUGGAUACAAGUUUCUUCUAAUAUUCAAAACUCCACAUCCAAAGCAGACAGCAGUACAGCUGAGAAAGCUGACAGCUCAGGUUGA